AUGGAAAUUCCAAAAAUUCCUAUGGAUAUAUUUUUAUACGAUAUACUACCUAGAACCUCAUUAAAAACAGUGGCAAGUUCUAGAUUACUCUCAAAGAGAAUAAAUGAAGCUACCUACGAAAGAUAUUUCAUGGAACUUUUUCAUAGAAAAGCUAAUAUAGCUUCGGGUCUUCAUGUACUGAAUCUUAAGAGUAGUAAAUAUCACACUAAUUACUUCUCCGUAGACCCUUCUUCCACCAAACUAUCACUGCGAAGUUUUCUUCCUUCCAAUAUUAGAAUCGAAGCAGCCACCAAACAAGGUCUUCUCCUCUGCACUGAUUUUUCCAGUUAUCCCAAUUCAAAAUACAUUAUUUGCAAGCCAACAACCCAACAAUGGCGAGCUAUUCCAAACCCCAAAACUCGCUAUCUUACUCAUAAAUGUAUGAUGUUUACUAUAGGAUCCAACCCCCUUCGAUACAAGAUUGUUAGAUUCUCCUCCCGUAACUUUGGUGGUGAUUUCAUCAAGAAUAAAUCUGGAUGUUACGUCGCUAUUCGAUGUGAAGUUUUUGAUUCUAAACUUUGGACUUGGAAGUGUUUGGAUCAAACAAUCAAUUUACCUUUUCGAGAGGCUAUUAGUUAUGGAUCAAUGGUUUGUGUAUCAAGGUUUCUAUACGCUCUUACCAACAAUAAUAGAUUAUUUAUCUUUGAUACAGAGAAUGAAAGUUGGGAAUUUUAUAAUUUAGAUCUUGAUGAUGAAGCAUACAGUAAUACUACUGUAAAUGCCAGUUAUCAACUUCUGGAGUACGAAGGAAAACUGGGACUUCUUUGUAGGUUGAAAAAUGAUGAGUUUGACUACUACUCUAUGCAACUUUGGGUAAUUAUAAAGAAGAGUGGAACGUCGUGGAGUUGGAGCUUGCGAAAAAAAGAAUGCCUUCCAAUUAUUUCCAACAAUGAACGUUAUUCGUCUUUAAUCAAUUUUUUUAACAAUGAUUUGGCCGUGAUUAUGGGAUUUUAUAAUAUUAUAUUUUAUGAUUUUAUGACUUCAGCUUCAAAGAUUGAAGAAGAGAUAUAUACACCAAUGAUCGAUCAGACUUUUCUAGUUAGAUCUGAUUGGCUCCCAGUUAGUCUUUAG